CACACCGGCCGUUGUCUCCGCCCCCGAGGUUCCGGGCCUGCGCGGGGAAGUACCCGGGAGCGGGAGAGUCAGAGCGCAUAACUGACACCGCUGACCACCAACUUCUGACUCCAGCUAAUCUGCGUCCGGGCUUCCUCAGCCUACAGAAGACUCAUUUUAAUGCCUCAGGAGGAGUUCUCCCUCCUUUGUCCGGAGCUGAACAGGAUGGCCAUGUCCCAGGAGUCAUUGACCUUCAAGGAUGUGUUUGUGGACUUCACCCUGGAGGAGUGGGAGCAACUGGACUCUGCACAGAAGAACCUCUACAGGGAUGUCAUGCUUGAGAACUACAGCCACCUGGUGUCUGUGGGGUAUCUAAUUGCCAAACCAGAUGUGAUCUUCAGGUUGGGACAAGGAGAAGAGUCCUGGGUGGCAGACAGAGGAAGCCCAAUGCGGAGCUGUCCAGAAGUCGGGCAAGUUGAUGAGCAGAUAGAUAACUACAAGGAAAGCCAAGACAAAUCUCUGUGGCAAGAUGAAUUCAUAGACAAAGAAACACUGAAGGAUGAAAGUGGUGAAGAAUGCAGAACAUGUAGAAAAAUCAGUUAUCUGAGCACAGACUUUGUUUCUAUAAGUCAAAGACUUCCUUAAUAUUACUUAUGGGAAAGGUGUUCAAAACAUAAUUACAUAAUUUAAACUUUCUUAGUGAGAAUAGAAGCUUUCUUAGUAAGAAAGAAAGAUGGUGGAUGUAAAGCAUAUUGGAAAUUAUGCCUCAAUUCUAAUCUUGAUAAAGAUCAACCUGCAGAGAAAUUCUUUGAACCUAAUCAAUGUGGGAAAGCUCCCCACCAUAAGUGAGCUCUUAAAAGAGAAUUCAAACUGGAGAGAAACUGUAUGAAUGUACUGAAUGUGGAAAAGUAUCCAAAAAGCAAACUUUGUUGUACAUCAAAGAACUCACACUGGAGAGAAGCCUUAUCAGUGCUGUGAAUGUGCAAAAGCCUUCAGCCGGAAGUCAACUGUCAUAGCACACCAGAGAACUCAUACAGGGGAGAAGCCCUAUGAAUGCAGAGAAUGUGGGAAAACCUUUAUCCAGAAGGCACCACUCAUUAAACAUCAGAGAAUUCAUACUGGAGAGAGACCCUAUAAAUGCAGUGACUGUGAGAAAACCUUCAGUAGGAAGUCAACUCUCAUUAAACAUCAGGAUUGAUACAGGGGAGAAACCUUAUGAAUGUAGUGAAUGUGGAAAAUCUUUCAGUGUAAAAUCAACUCUCAUUGUACAUCACAGAACUCAUACAGGAGAGAAACCCUAUGAAUGCAGAAACUGGGAAAGUUUUCAGUGGGAAGACAUCUCAUUAAACAUCAGAAAACAUUUAGGAGAUAAAAUCUAAAACCUAUGAAUUAACCUUCAAAUGGGAUAACUUUAUUCCUUAGUUAUACAUUGUUAUACUUUGCAUCAAACAAUUCAUUGAGGGUAAUCAUGUAAAUCUACUGCACAUCAGAAAGCCUUCAGAUAUUCUGCCUUCAUUAGAUUUAAGAAAACUCAAAGUUAUAAUAUUCAAAGCAUGUAAUAAACAUGGUAAAUUCUUUGCCCAGGAUUUUUAAUACAUUCUACAUCAAAUAAUUUAUGAAGGGUCAAAACCAUGAAUAUAGCAAAAGUUGGGAAGCCUUUAGAAAGAAGUUAAAUGUAAUUUUAUAUCACAGCACUUAUGUUCAGGAGACAUUAUAAAUUUAAUAAGUUGGAGAACCCAUUUUUCCUACAUAUUAUGAGGAAAGUCAUGUUCCAAAUAUAUCCUCAUACAUUUUAGAGAAAAGAUCACAGGUUUUAACCAAGCACUCAGUAAUAAAUUAUACACAUAUUCUCUGCAGAAUAGGUUAUAAAGCUUUCAAAAGUAUACAGUUCAUAAUCAGGAGGACAGAAGAAAAACAUUAAUUCUUGCUAGGCCAGUCUCCUAGGUUAAUCUGUAAACAGAUGAUCCCAAAACAAUUUGAGAGAAAAUGAGCCAGUAGGAUCCCCAAACAAAAGGAAUCCAAGUAGGAGAACUUACACAUACAUUUUAUCUGUUAUCAGUGCAAAAAAAAAAGUGGAAACACCUUAGGGAGAAAGGUUAUACCCUUCUGCCUUUCCCAGAACAGUGGUAACAAUUUAUUAUUAUGUUCUCUCUUGAGAAGAAGUAAUUAUCAUUUCCUAUAAGAGCAGUAUUAAUUGAAAUAAAAAUAAGCAACUUGAAUAUCCAAAGAUAAGUAAUUGAGUGACUAUUGAUACAUUCAUAAGUUGGAAUAAUGCUGUCAUUAAAGUAUCUUAAGAAUUUUGGGAAAGAUGGUAAACUAAGUAGAGAUUAUAAAACUGAUGUGGGUCGUAAAAUGACAUAUAUAAGAAAGAUAUACACCGUUACAAUUCCUAUGUCUGGGUUGUGGGAAUAUAGGCAAGUUUUUGAUUAGUAAAAAAUUAUUUUAUCUAUGUGUUUAUCUUCACAUGUGGAGAGAAACAUACAGAGAAAAAAGCUA